CGCCGCCGCCGCCGGGGCGCACUAAUCCUCCCCGCCGCGGCCGCAUCGCUCGUUCUCCCCGCCCGCGGCUUCGACCGACGUCGCCGAGCGGCCCCCCUCGCGUGCGGGCGUGCGCGUGGUUUGGCCCGGGCCGCCGCUCGCGAGGUCGCCACUCGGGAAAUGCCGCCGCUGAAGCCCCCGCCGCCGCGGCUCCUCCUCAACGGCGUCUCGUGCAUGCGGAACGCGCAGACGGUGCUCCGCGACAUCAACGUCAGCGUCCACGACGGGACCGCGCUGGUCCUCACGGGCGCCAACGGCUCCGGGAAGAGCACGUUCCUGCGGAUGCUCGCCGGCUUCUCGCGCCCCUCGGCCGGGGAGAUCCUCUGGAACGGCCACAACAUCACCUCCCCGGGCGUGUUCCAGCAGUACAAGCUGCAGCUCAACUGGAUGUCGCUCAAGGACGCCGUCAAGGAGAAGCUCACCGUGCUCGAGAACGUGCAGUGGUUCGAGCUCCUCGAGGGGAAGCACGGCAAGUCGGCCCCUGCCAUCGAGCUCAUGGGGCUCGGCAGGCUCAUGAACGAGAAGGCGAGGAUGCUCUCCAUGGGGCAGAGGAAGAGGCUUCAGCUGGCCAGACUGCUCGCCAUCGAUCGCCCGAUCUGGCUUUUGGAUGAGCCGUCUGUUGCGUUGGAUGCCGAGGGUGUUAAGCUGCUGGAGUACAUCAUAGCGGAGCACCGCAAGAAGGGUGGGAUCGUGUUCGUUGCCACGCAUUUGCCUAUUGAAAUUGAGGAUGCCAUGUCGCUCCGGCUUCCACAAAGGUUCCCUCGGAGGAAAACAUUGGUUGAUCUUGUGCGUUGAUGUGAGUUCAAGGAUUUAGGUGUAUCAUUCUAAUUCAUCUACAUUCAUAUGAAUCCGUUGCAGCAACUUCUGAUGGUGCAGUUUUGUGACACUUUGUUUUGGAAAUUAACUAUGCACUCACCGUUUGAAUAUGUAUGCCGGUUCCUUCUUGCUAACAUGACAUACAUGAUCAU